AUGGCUUUCCUUGGUCUCUCGCUCGUUACCUGGCAAACUCUGCUAAUCAUCGGCUUCCCUUUCAUCUGGGGCUCAUUGUCUCGAAUCCGUGCCAUCCUCCGAUUCAUCCGCGAUCCCUUUAAGAAGUCUCCAGCCUCUCAUCCGAACCCAGUCAGCACAUCCAAGAGGGCGCCUGAAGUUUCGCCGCCGCGUCGAUAUAUGAGACCACAGACUUUCUUCCUCGGAUUCGUUCUACUAGCUCACUGGGUGCGCUUCUUGAGCACGAACCCGAGACAGAGCAACCCAUUCCGCCAGACGAACCUGCUGCUGAACGUGCCCUCGACGACGCUGGUGAGCUCUGUGGAGCGGUACUAUCGCUCGAAGGGCAUCAAUGAGACUCCGUACGAACAGGCGCGACUGAUCCAAAAAUUAAACACGCUCGAUGCCCGGCUAGUCUACUCGACCGUCGGCCCAGAUCCGUUCCUUCACUGCGGCUGGUGUCGGCCUCCGUCGAGCAAGGUCAGCGGCUCCGACCAUCUCUUCUUCACCCUCUCCCGCCUCGUUCUCCAAUAUGCCACCGUAUUACUUGUCGUCGGGAUCAUGACCACUGGGGCCAGUCAGCGAGGGAUGAAGCGUCGGGUCUGGCGGGCCCGACUGGCUCUCCUGAGCAUCUUCUACUUCGCCGUUGAAGCUGCCAUACUUUCCGUAUUAAUCUUUUUCCUCAGUCUUUCUGCUUCGGUAAACGACAGUCGGACGACCUGGGAGGCUCUCUUCUCUCUCCGAGCCGCCUUUUUUUCUCUCAUCCUUAUCGCCUCUUGGUGGGCCGUUAUCUCCGAACCUCCUAGAGAACUCCUCUCUCCCAUCAAUAAAACUGGCGUCGGCCUUGCUACCGUCGCCGCUAACCUUGAAGGAUUGGUCAAUCGCCUUAGACUUACCACCCUUCAGCGCUCUGCACUCAUGAAAGAUGGAAGCUAUCGAGCCCAGAUUCAUGAACAUUGGGAAAAUGUCGAGCGGCAAGCGUGUCGAGCAUCAUCAAAUCCGACGAUCCAAACUAUGAAACACACCAUGGGCUUGAGUUCUUCUGAAAAUUUGAAUCAUCAGUCUCGAGACCAACUGCGGAGCUGGAUCGAUAACGUCUAUCCUGAGCCCUCCUUCUCUUCUUAUUGA